GUGUGGAUGUGGAAUUCCUGCGGGCGAGCUCCGCUCCUCUACCUGCCCAAAGAGCCCCUCCCCACUGCCGGGGCUGCUGGAACUAACACACCGCCCCUUCCCUGGCGGAAAAACAAACCCCCCCCUCCUUCCAGCAGGAUGCUCCACCCCUAAACAACUUAACCUCACCCCCUCCUCCCAAUUCCUCGCCCAGCCCGGAGCCUGGGAGCGCUGAUCGCUGUGAGCAGGGCGAUUAUGCUGGCCGGGCACUGGGAGGGAGCCGGGCCGGGGGAGCAGCGGAGCUGAGCAAAGGGGCAAAGCCGGGCACGGCAGCGAGGAUGGAGCGAGGAUGAGCCCUGGGCAGGAAUCGGCUGCCCUGGAAGCCUCCCAGAGCCCUGGAAGCCUCCCAGAGCCCUGCACAGCCAUGCCCCGACCCCGGCUGCGCUCCGGGCGGCUUUAAACUUCGGAGGAGGCAGCUGUGAGAAAGGCGAGCGAUGAAUUGAAGAUUAAACAUGUACGGGAAUUAUCCUCACUUCAUUAAGUUUCCCUCGGGCUUUGGCAAUUCCCCCGUGCACGCCAGCUCCACGUCCGUGGGCCUGUCCUCAGGCCUGUCCACGGGGAAUCCAGGGGAGGGGCCCCACGGCUACCUGGAGCCCCCCACCAACGCCUCGCGGGCGCUGCCGUCGCCCAUGAACGCCAUCGGCUCCCCGGUGAACGCCCUGGGCUCGCCCUACAGGGUCAUCGCCUCCUCCCUGGGCUCGCACCCCGUCGCCCUCUCCUCGGCCCCGGGCAUGAAUUUCGUGGCGCACGCCAGCCCACAGCUCAAUGUCCUGAACAAUGUCAGCAGCUCGGAGGAUGUCAAGCCCUUGCCGGGUCUCCCGGGGAUGGGGAACAUGAAUUAUCCAUCCACAAGUCCAGGAUCCCUAGCCAAACACAUCUGUGCCAUCUGUGGGGACAGGUCCUCAGGGAAGCACUAUGGGGUGUACAGCUGUGAGGGCUGCAAAGGCUUCUUCAAGAGGACAAUCCGGAAGGAUCUGAUCUACACCUGCCGGGAUAACAAGGAUUGCCUCAUAGACAAGCGCCAACGCAACCGCUGCCAGUACUGCCGCUAUCAGAAGUGCCUCGCCAUGGGGAUGAAGAGGGAAGCUGUGCAGGAGGAGAGGCAGAGGAGCAGGGAGCGCAGUGAGAACGAGGCCGAGUCCACCAGCGGCGGCAGCGAGGACAUGCCCGUGGAGAGGAUCCUGGAAGCCGAGCUGGCCGUGGAACCCAAAACGGAGGCGUACAGUGAUGUGGGCACAGAGAGCUCGACAAACGACCCUGUCACCAACAUCUGCCACGCUGCUGACAAACAGCUCUUCACACUCGUGGAGUGGGCCAAGCGCAUCCCCCACUUCUCCGACCUGACACUGGAAGACCAGGUCAUUCUCCUCCGGGCAGGCUGGAACGAGCUGCUCAUUGCCUCUUUCUCCCAUCGCUCCGUGUCGGUGCAGGACGGGAUCCUGCUGGCCACGGGCUUGCACGUGCACCGCAGCAGUGCCCACAGUGCUGGAGUGGGCUCCAUCUUCGACAGGGUUUUGACAGAGCUGGUGUCCAAAAUGAAAGACAUGCAGAUGGAUAAGUCGGAGCUGGGGUGCCUGCGAGCCAUUGUCCUGUUUAACCCAGAUGCCAAGGGUUUGUCCAGCCCCUCAGAAGUGGAAUCUCUGAGGGAGAAGGUCUAUGCCACGCUGGAAGCCUACACGAAGCAGAAGUACCCCGAGCAGCCAGGGCGGUUUGCCAAACUCCUCCUGCGCCUGCCGGCGCUGCGGUCCAUCGGGCUGAAGUGCCUGGAGCACCUCUUCUUCUUCAAGCUGAUUGGAGACACCCCCAUCGACACCUUUCUCAUGGAGAUGCUGGAGACACCCCUGCAGGUCACUUGAGGGUCUGUCAGGCCAGACCCUGCUCCCCUGUGCCCCUGCACAGCCUCCCACCCCUCUGCUCUGGAGCCUGUGAGAGCUCCAGGGAUGUCCUUCGCCCUCCUCGGUGGGAUUGUCGUGGUUUUGUACAGCUGUAAAUCACCCCCUCGAACCCUCCCUGGCCUGUCUGGGGCAGGGAGGGGGUCACAGAUCCUCCAGCUAACCGUCCCCCUGCCCCCCUGUACAGAUAAUUGCUUUAAAUUAUUUUUUCAUUCUCAAUAAAAGUCAAGGAAACAAAUAAAAUAGUAUUGAGUGAGGCACUGGUUGGAGCUGGGAGAGCAGUGGCCUCUUUGUGUCCACUGGUCCAGCUUGGGAUGGGGCUGAGGGUCCCUCCUGACACUUUUGGGGAGCCCAAAUCAGGGCUGGAAUGUCACUUCUACUGAUGGACACUGUCCUCUGGAAGACAGAUAUUGCUGCUUCUUGUUUCUACUAAGGGAAGACCUAGAGAAACUUGCUGCUGUGAAUGAAAACAUUUCAUUCCACCGUCUUGAAACUCUUGGACUCUUGGAAUUCUUCAAAGUUUUAAAGUAAUAUUA